AUGAAGCUUAUUGAAUUGCUUCUUCGAAAGAAAGUGACAUCUUGCCUGAAGAUGCCUGUCAUUUGUGUUUCUUCACCCACGGUGCCUUAUAUGCGGUCGCUGGCAGUUGUCAGAGGAUUGACUUAUUUGAAAGAUGAAAUCAAGAUUCUACACAGAGAUGUUAAACCAUCAAACAUGCUUGUCAAUAGUAACGGUGAAAUCAAGUUAUGCGAUUUCGGAGUCUCUGGAAUGCUUAUUGACUCGAUGGCCAAUUCAUUUGUUGGAACCAGAAGUUAUAUGGCUCCAGAACGACUAACCGGAUCUCACUACACGAUCUCAUCGGAUAUCUGGUCUUUCGGACUGUCACUCGUUGAGCUGCUGAUUGGUAGAUAUCCAGUUCCAGCUCCAUCACAAGCGGAGUAUGCAGCAAUGUUCAAUGUAUCGGAGAAUGAGAUUGAGUUGGCUGAAAGUCUCGAAGAGCCCAACUAUCACCCACCAAGUAACCCGGCAUCGAUGGCCAUAUUCGAGAUGCUGGAUUACAUUGUCAAUGGACCGCCGCCGACUCUUCCGAAGCGAUUCUUCACUGAUGAAGUCAUUGGAUUCGUGUCAAAAUGUCUCCGAAAGCUCCCUAGCGAACGUGCCACACUGAAAUCUCUCUCUGGCGAUGUUUUCUUCUCAAAUUACGCUGACAACGACGAUCAAGGAGAGUUCGCCGAUUUUGUGAAGGGAACUAUCAAUUUGCCGAAACUGAAUCCUUAG